AUGGAUUUCGAGCUAUGGGAGAGCCGCAAUUUGGCUAGAUCCAUUUUGGCGCAGUUGUAUAGUACAGUGAUCCAUCGCUAUGAAGAGGAUGUUAGAAGAGCUGAACGACAUCGCUCACAGGAGCCAAGAAAACACAUCGAAGCACCUUUGAGCACCUCAAAUCGCCAUCGGUUUUCUGGACGUCUGAGCCGUUUAGAUUCGAUUGGUACUUUGUUAGACGAGGAAGAUUCGCUAGUAUUACCACGCCUCAGACGUGGGAAUGCUUCGUUCCAUCGGCGAAGCUCGGUCGACGACUCCAUCACUUUUUGGCCAGGAUCCGCAGGCUCAAGCGAAUCACAAAUCUCUCUUCGUCGAACUCAGUCAACUGCAGCGCUUGGACCAGAUUAUCCCUUGACGAUAGAGCGACCACUGUGGCAUGGUUCAUCUUCGGUAGCGUAUUACAGGUAUAUUAUUACAGGUAUAUCACCAUUGUUUUUACCUUGA